AUGUGGAAGAUCCAGCCGACGCAGAUCGAGCGGCGGCCGAGGGAUGUCACGUGCUGCGUCAUUUUCUUGGUGGCCGUGGCCUCCUUCGCAGGCGCCUUGUACUAUGCCUACCACCAGGGCAAGCCCCAGCUCCUUCUGGGCCUCAAAGACUCCUCGGGCCAAGCCUGUGGCGUGGACGCGGACGUCAAGUUGCAGCCCUACCUCUUCGUUUGCCCGGACCAGCUGAAUGAGUUCUCCAUCAACGCACAAAGAGUUUGCGUUGAUGCCUGUCCUGCGAGUACUCUGGCCCCGAGCUAUUGCAGCAAGGGGUAUGCGUCCAUGCCAACGGACAGCAUGAUUUGCAUGCCAACUGGAGAGUCUUCAGACAUGCUGGACAAGAUGCAGCGGUCUGGAAUGAAGUUUGUUCUCAAUUUCAGCUACUUCUACAACUGCGUCUCGCACGCGUGGCCAGUGCUGCUAAUCAUCACGCCGCUGCUUACCAUGCUGGUCGGCCUCUGCUAUCUUAGGUGCCUGGAGGCACGGGCCAGCUUGGUCUUUUGGACCAGCGCCGCGCUGGUGAUCUUGGCCGCCUCCGUGACGGCGGUGCUCUUCCUGAGCGCCCACUUCCAGCCCGAGGCCGCCGAGCCGACAGAUGCCGAGCAGCGGUGGGUGGAAGGUGAUGACCUGGCGUAUGGCAUCAUCGCCGGAUUGGUCGCCGUCUUGUCGUUGGUGGUGACCUGGGCGGGGCGCUUCAACCUGCGGCGCAGCUUCUUCUUCCUCGAAGCGGCCGGGGAGUGCCUCAUGGACUCGCCGGCGAUGAUGGCGCAGCCGUGCAUCGAGUGCCUGAAGAAGGCGCUGCUGGUGAACGUCUUCGCCCUGGGCUUUUUCAGCCUUCUCAGCUGCCGGAACCGGAUCGAGGGGCCUCUGUUCGGCAGUAUGCUCUUUUUCAUGCUGGUGAUCUUCCUUUGGUUGGCGGAGUCUGUGAGUACUCUGAGCCACUACGUCAUGGGCUUUCUGUCUGAGGAGUGGUUCUUCAGCACCUACGACGCCUAUCAAAACCGGAAGCUCAUGCCCUGCAGCGCUAUGGGCGAGGCCUAUAGGACGGGGCUGUUUCUGUACCUCGGCUCCGUGGGCUUCGGCGCCAUCUGCAACGUGGUGCUGAAGCCCCUGCGGUGGACGUUGCGCUUGGUGCUGUUGGUCUGCCGCUGCGGUGCCUGCGAGGGCGUCCGGAAUUUCUACCGGAAGAUGGCGCCAUUCACGGAUUCUGCUUUCCUCUCCAUCGCUCUGGAUGGCCACGCAUACCUGGACGCAUGCAACGAAUCCUUCCGGAUCUUUGACAAUGAGAACGUCCAGGACAGCUGGCUUCACGGGGUCCUCCUGGAGGUGCAGUUCAUAGGCUCUUGCGCCAUCUCCUGCUUCGUAACGCUGGUGACCUGGCUCUUGGUCAGCGUCUUGCCGGUCUUCACGGACCCCAUGAGUAGCAGAUACAUCGAGGAACGGGGCGCCGUGGUUCUGGCCGCCUUCCUCAUCGCGCACAUCUGCUCCUGGUCCUUCAUGGAGUGCGUGGGCCUGGUGGCAGAGGCGCUGCUCUUCAGCUACAAAGCGGGCACCGGGGGCUACCUGGGCCUGAGUACCAUGGUCAGCGAGAGGACUGCCCUCUUCGAGAUGCCUGACUGCGCUGGCGGACAGCGGGGCUUCGCACCCUUCAGUCACCACCCACCCAAGGUGACCCAGAUGAUGCAGUUCCUCAAUGAUGGGUACUGA